GGGCUUCCCUCAUAACGAACCCCUGCUGGACACCAGAGCUUGCUGCCAGAUGGCCUGAGACUUACCACAGUGCAAAGUCCUAACUGUAGCAGUCAAAGCUGCAAAACAUUUUGUGUGCUAUCAUACUGUCGCUCACCCAGGACAGUGACAGCCAUGUGUCUCCUGGACUCCAAAAAGCAGAAAAAGACAGAGCUGACAAGAAAGAAAACAGCGCCGUUGACGACCGGUCAGAUGGUGCUCUGUUUGUCUCUGGUAUUUUCUCUGUAUUUGGAGGCCUCCGAUGCCCGCUGUCUUAGACCUCGUGCCAAGGAGAUGCUCUGUGGUGCAGAAUUAGUGGACAUCCUGCAAUUUAUUUGUGGGCCUACAGGAUUCUAUUUCAGCCGAUCUGCACCUCUUCGUAGCAGACCCAGGCCUGGAAUAGUAGAGGAAUGUUGCUUUUGUGGGUGUAGUGUUGCUAUCUUGGAAUCGUAUUGUGCAGCCCCAAUUACUAAUGUCACAGGCAAAGAAGAACAAAGAAACUAGGACAAUAUUGAAUGGAACCUCAAGGCAUUUUCACCAAAAAUUAAAGAUCUGUUAUAGAUGGCAACACAACCAGGUUACAAAAACCCAUUCACUGCCAAGAACAAGUUUAACGUAUUGGGGAAAACUGGAAAAAAAAUAAAAUCCAGAAUUUAAUGAAGGAAAUUAAUUAUCCUGACUGAAACCAUGCAAUAGCCCAGUGCUCUUUACUAAAAAUUGUAAAUACAGCAAAAAGGGGUUAUGUUUUUUCCUUUUAUUAUGGGCAAUCAUCAUUAGUCAACUGAAAUUCCCCAAAUAUGGUCAGGGCUAUUUGCCUUUAUUAUUGAGUUGCUCCCAGAGCCAAGAAAAGGAGGAGGCAAAUGAAGCACUUCCUUUGAAUGCAAAGUGCAAAUGAAUGCCGCCAGAGAGGAGAAUCAUAAAUGCGCUUCAGUCUGAUACAAGUGUCUUAAACCUUUAAUAAUGGGUGUCAGUUUGUUCCAACUGUAGUAUGAAGGCCAGAAGAAGUCUUGUUAAUAUGGUUUUGUAAAGCGAUAAGAUAAGAUCCACCCUUUCAUCAUUGAUUUUAGAAAUUGGAACAGAAUGGUUUAAAUUUAGGAUCUGCAAAAUGAUGUAUUAAAGUAACAUAAAAGGCAGUAGUAUAACCUCAGCAUACUAUUGCAUAGUAGCUUCAAAUGCAGAGGACUAAAAAGUCUGCUUUAUCUUUUUUUUUUUUUUAAUACACACACCUGGUGCUGAUCUCAGAGCAAAUACACGGCUGAUUGGUGGGUACGCCAGUGUAUGAAAGUCUAUGUACCACUCAGUGGUGCUUUAGAGAUGCUGUUUUUUUCGGUAGAAAAGCCUAAAGCAGACUUUUUUUUAGCUAACUUUGCAUUGCAAAGAGCCUUAAAAUAGUAUGCUGGUUCUAUUACUGACUUUCACAUACUUUUUAAUGAAUAUUUUGAGCAUAUUGGUAACUUUUUCAACUGUUGUUUUUUCAAAUAAACAAGCAAUGUUUUUUUGUAACUGUGAAAUGAAACUACUGUACAUUAUUGGCUUUAUUUGAUUAAUAAAUUAAAUCGCCCAUCUACCAAUGAA